CUGACCGCGGGCGGGCGGGGGGGCCGGGGGAGGAGGAGGAGGAGGCCGGGCGCCGCUGAGGAGGCCGCAGAGACGCCGAGGGGAGCAGCCGCCGCCGCCGCCGCGAUGCCCUCGGAGAAGAGCUUCAAGCAGCGACGCACCUUCGAACAAAGAGUAGAAGAUGUCAGACUUAUUCGGGAACAGCACCCAACAAAGAUACCGGUGAUUAUCGAAAGAUAUAAGGGAGAAAAGCAGCUUCCCGUUCUGGACAAAACAAAGUUUCUUGUCCCAGAUCACGUCAACAUGAGUGAGCUUAUCAAGAUAAUCAGACGGCGACUGCAGCUGAAUUCCAAUCAAGCUUUCUUCUUACUGGUGAACGGACACAGCAUGGUGAGCGUCUCCACACCCAUUUCGGAGGUGUACGAAAGUGAAAAGGAUGAAGACGGAUUCUUGUACAUGGUGUACGCCUCUCAGGAAACGUUUGGCAUGAAAUCCUCCAUGUAAACACCUUGCCCCUUGGCCUUGUAGCCUAGCCUAGUUUUUACCCUCCCCUUCCCCUUCCCCUCCCCUCCCCUGCCCCUUUGCCCAGGAAAAAGAAAGGGAUGUCGCGCCACUGAUCUGCUCAGAGUAGUUGUGCUUUGCAGGAUGUUCUCAACGUCCUUUCCUUUUUGUUUGUAAAUAUUUAACAGAUGAGUGCCAGUACGGACAAGCAGCCCAGCUUUGUAGACUUGCUAUACGUUUGCACAGGCAUACUUGCUUUUCAAAAGCCUCUGGAAUUGGAGCAAGACCAUAACAUGCAUGUUGACAAUAAUAAUAAUAAUUAAAAAAAUAAAUAAAUGUUGGCGUUACUCAAAUCAUAGGAACUGGGCUAAAUAUUAAAGUAGCCAACUGAAAUACAUCUAUGUGAUAUAUCCGGUUAAUUUAUAUUUCAGCUCCUUAAAAACUGCUUUUCCUUAAAGGUAGGAAAGUCCGCCUCUUCCGGCUUCUUGGUGUUUGGAAAAUCAGUGCACGUGGGGGGGGGGGGGGAGAGAAGAAAAGGGUUAAUUCCCUGGUAUUGCUACUUCAGUCAAUAUCAGCAAAACUCCAGAUUGCUAACUAUAACUAUAUACCAAGCAUAGCUUUAGUUUAGGAAUUGUGUAUUUUAAAAAUUAGGUUAUGUACUUAACAGUUAAGAAUGUUACUCUAAUAUAUUCGUAUUCUGUCAUGCAUCUUUUUUUUUUUUAAUCGAAUCCGCCCAUCUCGCCCUCCGAAAACAGGGCUUCCUUUUAUCCUUCAAAUGGUGAUAACAGAUGCAAGACAUCAGGUGCAGGCAAAGGCAAGCUUUUUAGCCAUUACAAUUGUGUCUUUCUGUGCACAUCUAUGUAUCUUCCUCUUUUUACCCGCUGAGUUCUUGAACUGGGACAGAUGGAACCAAGAUUGAAUCUGCGUUGCAUCCGUAACUGAAAACCUUGGUUUCCUUCCGUUUUAAUUUCACACUGAACAUAAUUUCACUUUAUUAAAGUCUAAACUGUAUCUAAAAUGA